AUGGUUUCCUCAAAACUUGAUUUUAUCUGGUUUCGAGAAUUUGAUAAGUUUCUUGAUUUCACCACAAAGAUCUUCGGGCAUACUGCGCACCUUGUUCGAUGUGAGGACUGGGAAUUAAUCCUCAGUAUUGAGGCUGGUCGACCAGACUACCCUCUUCGGCUCCUGUUUUAUCCACGCUGUGAGGACUAUUGGUUGAAUAAUAAAAAGCGCAAAAAUCCUUGGCCUUUGCCUCUCAACUAUCGGAAUGAACAACUCCCACGACUCUCAAACCCCUACCAAACCAAAGAAUAUCGCUUCAACUGGCGCCGCCCAGGGAAUGAUUGGUGCAACCUGGAAAAAGCAGUUGACAAAGUCAAAUGGAUUCUUCGCCAUGUGGCUGUAUGGAUUGACCCAGACUGGAUGUACCCUGCAGCUGCAUUGCAUGACCUGAAGGACUUCCAGUGGGACAUGGAGAUCCAAGACCUUCUUUUCACAGACAAGGAUUUUGAUCGUCCAUUUUCUCUGGAUGCUGACCGUCUUCAGUUAGCUCGUAACUUCAUUGAUGAACUUGUGAGACAGGUCCAAACUGAUGGCUUUUGGAAGGACCCAAAACUCAAUGAGCUACUCAAACCACCCCCUGACACUCUUGCAAGUGCGUCACACUCAGCUGCAUAUUUUGAACAUUUCCUCCACCCGAAUUGGGCUGCAAUUGUACAGCAUGUCGUCAAGUCUGCUGGCCCUGUUCUGACCAAUGUGAUGAGCACGUAUAAUGACUUGGGUUUUUUGGUCUCCAAUCAGAUGCCAUACUCACCAUGGGGCCCUGUGAUUGGCCGUACGCUUAAACAGAACCAAGCAGAUGAGGAAGAGAGCUUGAUCCAGCAGGGUGAGAUUUUUGGUGCGCUCUGGCACUACCGAUCCCUCAAAAGCAAGAUGGUGGAAACGAUCAAUUGGGGGCUCAAGGGCGGGAAGAAGCGACCAGAGAAUCUGAUUGAAUGUGAGGCGGAAUAUGAGGCAGCUGUGAUUGUUCUCAAGGACCAGGCGCAAGUGCUUGAGAGGUACGGCUAUACACAUGCAAUUGACAAUUUUUCUGAAGAUUUGAGUGCCUUUUCCUUGGAUCAUUCAGAGCCGACCACAAUCACUACCAGGGAGACUCCAGGCUUUCUAAAAUGUCGACCAAAGAUGUUCACGAGCCAGGCAGAGGAGAUCCAAGCGAAGAUCAAGGAGCACAACCGAUCUAUCCAGAAGAAUAGUGUGAUCAAACAGUCAGAGAGACAGAAGCGUAAGCGAAAUGAGACGGAGGAUGUGGAUUCAGGAGAGGGUUUGGAACCGGAAGGGAACGGAGAGGCAACUGAUGAUGAAUGUGAAAAUUCAAACCAUGGUUAGAUUUACAGGAAAGUUUGUCACUGGUUUUAGGAUUCCGCUCUGGA